AUGAACUUCUCUGGUGUGAUGGAGAUAUCAUUGUUCAAAGCACUUCUUAAUAACAUCUCCUCUUUUUUCCAUUUAUCAUCCAAUGAUAACAUAAACUUGGACCCGGUUCUGAAGUACUACAAGAGAGCAGAAGAGAUAUUGAAAUUGUUGAAGACUGUACUUGAUGCCGUUGUUGAUUCUGAAAUAGCUUCUUAUGAAGUGCUUAAUAAGCCAUUUGAAGAACUGGGUCACUAUAUUGAUGAGUUGAGGGAGCAAAUUGAAGACUGGCAACCGUUGUUGAGCAAAGUUAAUCUUGUUCUGCAAGUUGAAUCUUUGAUCUCAAAGAUUUGGACUUCUGGUUUGGAUAUCUUUCAACUGUUGAAGACUUCCCAACAACAUCUUCCUGAUGAAUUGGGUUCGGCAUCUCUUGAGCAUUGCAUACAAAAACUUAAGAAUAUGGUCGAUGAACAAAUGUCAACUGUCAUUAAAGAUUCUGUAAGUGAUCAAGUGGAGGGUGUUGGACCCAGCUCAGAGAUCCUAGUGAAAAUUGCAGAGGGCCUUAGCUUGAGGUCAAACCAGGAGAUUCUUAUUGAGGCUGUAGCACUUGAAAAGUUGAAGGAGAAUGCUGAACAAUCAGAAAAGAUUGAGGAGGCGGAGUAUAUUGAGCAAUUGAUAUCCCUUGUCACCCGUAUGCAUGAGCGCCUUGUUACGAUAAAGCAGUCCCAGAGCUGCAGUCCAGUUCCAAUACCUGCUGAUUUCUGCUGUCCUCUCUCUCUGGAGCUGAUGACAGAUCCAGUUAUUGUGGCAUCAGGACAAACCUAUGAGAGGACUUUCAUCAAGAACUGGAUUGAUCUAGGCCUCACCGUUUGUCCAAAGACACGACAAACUUUGGCCCACACCAAUUUGAUACCUAAUUACACUGUAAAGGCACUAAUUGCAAAUUGGUGUGAGUCAAACAAUGUGAAACUGCCUGAUCCCACAAAGUCUAUGGGAUUAAAUAAAGCAACACAACUUCUUGGACAAGCAGAACAUGGUGCUCCCAAGGAUUCCCCUCCUUUUCCUCAUUCCAGGGUCAAUCAACCAAUGUCACCUGAGUCAGCUCGGUCUAUGGGUUCGCCCACUAAGAACUUGUUCUCAUCUGGUCCAUUGCAUCGGGAAAGAAGUUCGCCAUUGCAUCCUCGUUCUACAUCAGAAGGUUCCUUGUCUGGCGUAGUUGGAAAUGGGCAGGUUUUGGAUAUUGCCAGAAUAACACUAGCAAAUUCCGAAGACAGGUCUGCCAACUUAGAAGAAAGGAGUACAGAUCUAGGUAGCCAACACUCUAUGUCACCGUCUCUAGAUGAAUUUCCUAAUUCUAUUGAAGCGGAGCAGUCAUCUCAAAGCCAUAAUAGAACUGCCUCAGCUUCCAGUAUACUUUCUAAUGCCAAUGGUACUCAAGGAACUCCUGUAAAUGCCAAUGGGGCCUUACAGGUGCCAAGCAAUCUGUCAGGCUACAGCAGUGAUGCUUCUGGGGAGUUGAAAUCAGAACCACAAGCUGUUGCUGCGUUGGCCACCCAACAGAGAGAGACUGAGUUGCCCACCAGAAUGGCAGAGGUAAGACCUCGAAGCCAAAUGUGGCGGCGACCAUCUGGGAGCUUAGUCCCAAGGAUAGUUUCUUCUCCAGCUGUUGAAACAAGACCUGACCUUUCAGCACUUGAAGCCCAAGUUCGGAGUCUGGUUGAGGACUUGAAAAGCACUUCACUUGAUACCCAAAGAGAGGCAACACUUCAAAUCCGGCUACUUGCCAAGCAUAAUAUGGAUAAUCGAAUUGUUAUUGCAAACUGUGGGGCCAUUAGCUUGUUGGUGGAUUUGCUCCACUCUACAGAUACGAGGAUUCAGGAGAAUGCUGUUACAGCACUUCUUAACUUGUCGAUCAAUGAUAACAACAAAACUGCAAUUGCUACUGCCAACGCAAUUGAACCUCUGAUUUAUGUCCUCGAGACAGGGAGUGCUGAGGCCAAGGAGAACUCAGCCGCCACUCUCUUUAGCCUUUCGGUGAUUGAGGACAACAAGGUUCGCAUUGGAAGGUCAGGGGCUAUUGGGCCUCUAGUUGAUUUAUUGGGGAAUGGGACUCCUAGAGGGAGGAAAGAUGCAGCCACAGCUUUGUUUAAUUUGUCAAUUUUUCAUGAGAACAAGGGUCGAAUUGUUCAAGCUGGUGCUGUGAGGUACCUAGUGGAGUUGAUGGACCCAGCAGCUGGAAUGGUUGACAAGGCAGUUGCUGUGUUGGCUAAUCUUUCAACAAUUCCGGAGGGAAGGACAGCAAUUGGUCAGGAGGGUGGGAUCCCUGUUCUGGUUGAGGUUGUUGAGUUAGGUUCUGCAAGAGGGAAGGAGAACGCAGCUGCUGCUCUUUUACAGCUCUGCACAAAUAGUAAUAGAUAUUGCAGUAUGGUACUCCAAGAAGGAGCUGUCCCCCCAUUAGUGGUAUUGUCACAAUCUGGUACCCCAAGGGCCAAGGAAAAGGCACAGACCCUCCUUAGCUACUUCAGAAACCAUAGGCAUGGUAAUGCUGGUAGAGGAUAA